CCCAAUUAAGUUUACUUUCAAAAACCUACAACAGAUUCAAGCUGAGUGUGUUAGCUGAAGAUUAAACAUCUCCUACAAGAAGUUUUUACAACCCUGCCAAAAUGUUUCCAACAAUGUUCGUACGCAGACAAAUCCAGAAUUCUAAUGAAGAGAUAAAAGAUGGAUCCAGCGGUGUUCCUCCUGCCUGAGAUCAUCCAGAAUGAAGGACGAGCGUUCGAUCGCAUGACUUUGUCCCAACUGUCCUCUGCUGACAGAUCGCCUUCACAAAAUGGAGGAGACGCCCAACGACUAUCAGGCCCGUCCCUCCAGACGAGCCCAAAAAUCUCCAACCUACAGCUCAGUCCAGCAGAACCUCGUCUUGUGAUGGGCGGGUCAGCGGCACAGGGAGCUUCCAGAGCUUCAGAAAUGACCUCGACGACAGCCAGCUCUCAUCAAAGAUGCUCAAACCAAAGACCUGUGCAUCAACACCUCAUCCCGAACUCGAGUGGCCCCGUCGGCCCCCAAGCUCCAGGCAGUCCCUUCCCUUGCAGACCUCAUCCCGUCCUGACGCUUCUUGUACCACAGCUCAUGUGGAACCCCUGCUUUCCUCCAUGGCCCAACAGGAUGAAUACCAACCCCGUCGCCUCUACAUCGAACCCAGGGUUUGGUUUAAGUCCCCGUGUGAUGGCCCCGUUCUGGUGCGCCCCACCUCCUCCUCCUCAGUUCUACCUGCACCUGCUUCACCCCAGCGGGUGCUUGCGUCUCCAGUCAGUGCCCCCACCUCAACUCUGCUGUCCAGACCUGGUGUUGAGAGGUGCAGCUCAGCAGGUCGACGAGCAGCUUUGUGCAACGGCGACAUCCGAGCAGAGUGCAGAGCGGGCCGAGUCCGAAGAAGGACAGCAGGAAAAUGACGACGCAUACGGCAAAACAGAAUUCAACGUUUCUCCCGGACCUCUGCCCUCUGUAGAUGAAGAAUCACUGGCUGAACGAGUCUUUGAGGAGUACAUGGCGAUCAUGGACUCCCUCGGCCUCCAGAUCCCAGAGGGCGAGCAGACCGGAGAGAACGAGGAAGAAGAGAAGAACAGAAAAGUGGAGUAUCUGGAGAAACUGUUCAGCGAUGAGGACUUCAUCAGAGGGGUGGAUUCGAUUCUAAAUCCAGAAGAUUCCCUGGAUCGCCUUCUUUCCGUAGACCCGCAGCCCACUGACGUCCCGCUACAAGAACUUCAGCACGAGCAGGAUUCAUAUCCACCUUCUUCGAACUCCAACGCUGCAACUGAACAAACACCUCCGGCGACUUCACGUGUCCAAAGAGCUCAACCACCCGUCGCCACACAGUCUGACACAAGUCCAAACCACGACGGACAGAAUUCAACUACGAGCGCGAGGAACAGUGAGUCAAACGACGGUUGGACUGGCUCUUCUCCCGUCCGUCUUCAAGAGCCACUUCAGACCAAUGCCACGACAGGACACAUCGACAUCGUCAACAUCUUUGAGUUAAUCGAUUCAUCUCUUCAGCUGCUCGCCAACAUCUCCCUGGACGCUAGUUCUACUUCGGAUGUUGAGUCAAGAGACAGUGAUUCACCGUUCAAGAAACCAGCAGCCAUAUUUCCCAGCGAAGGUCCGUCAGAAGAGUCCUCAAACGUUGCAGAAACACAGAUGUCCCGAAACCUUCAGGAAGGGGAUUCUCCAUCCCUCGAGUUCUCCAGUGUUUCAGGGUCCAACAUGGACGCUUGCGCCAUUGCCGCAAAGGAUUCUGCGCCCGGUUUCAGAGCUGAUUUGUUGACGGUCAACCUUUCAGCUCAGAUUAGGAAACCUGAGGAAUGCAUCCCCAAAAACACAAAUCUGACGCCCUCCUGUCUUGAGGUCUUCGCGGUUCCUGAGCAAACUAAUUCGUCUUUCGUAGAAGAUUCCCACACAGAGUCGUGUGAUACCACAGUCGAUGAGGAUUCGUGUGAACAGGACCUGGACCUGGCGCUGCAAGACUCUCAAGAGGUUGCAUCUUCAGGUGUUUCUUCUGAAGAACGGCAGGAAACGGACCGAAAAUGUGAGGAAAAUCUCGGAAAAGGUGUCCCAACGACACUGAGCGACCAGGCAAGAAAGGAAAGAAGCACCUUUGACGGGAGUUUGACAGAGAUUGAAAAGAUGGAACAACAGCAGGAACUCAAGGUGGAUGGAGAUCAGGGCUCUCACACUGCUCUAAAAGAGAAAGACUUGGGUGAGUCAACGGAACAAAGACAAGAAGAAGGGCCUCCAGAGUCUGGUUAUGUGAUGAGAAGGAGAAGUUGGAGCAAGACUUCCGAGGAAAAAGUAGAGCCGACCUCUUCUCCUGCCACGAGAACGGGAGGGAAAAUCAAACUCUCAGAGAUGGCUCAGGAUACAACUGAAGCUCAGAAUCUGCUGGACUCAAGUCAAGUUCCCAACAAGGAAAAUGUUUCUGGAGGGAGUCCAAGAGUUCAUUCAACACAUGAUUCAGUAAAGGAUGACCGAAGUCAAAGACAGGAAUCCCCCAAAGGACUAAUGGAUGAGAUAAAUGAGUUUCCUUUUGGGAAAAACUGUGAGAAAACCCCACAUUUAACCCCCCCAGAGACCCAGAAACGACAGAAAACGGUUGCAGGAACCACAACUUCUGACUUUUACAGCUUAAGGUCUGGGACUCAUAAGCCGAAGGUGUCCAAAGGGAAAGGAGAGAAGAAGACAGUCGAGGAUCCCCCAUCUAGUCCAGACCACACAGCGGGCAUGCAAGGCCAAAGCCUCAACUCGAGUCCGAUGAAAAGAUACCGCCAAGAUCGCAAGUCUUCUGAAGAGGGAAAGGCGAGGCUGAACGAAACUGAUACAAUUGUCUCAAGUCCGACGAAAAGAGGAAGGUGGAGCAAGAAAGAUGAAGCACAGGUGGAAACACCUGGCUGUAAACCAACUCCGCCUUUAAGAAGAAGUUGUAGAAAGAGCUUAAAUUUAUCAGCCGGACAAGAAACUGUUGUGACCAGAGCAAGUCGUAAGGGAACCAACAAGAGGAAAACACGGCGUUCCAAAAAGUUACCCACAAAAUAUAAAGACUUCAUCCUGUACAACCGGCAGCUGGGUAAAGAGAAAGGAAAGGCGGGAAGAGGAAGAAGAGCGAGAUGAUGUGUUUCGGUCUGCAUUUAAAUCGCCUCCAUUAAAACGGUGCAAGAGCCAAGAGCAUCAAGUGGACGUCCAGGGUAAUUUGAUACUGAGAAAAUGAAAUGCAAUACCAAAAAUCUCCGUAAAAUUAUUCACAGUUUAAUUCAUUUUUAAAUAUAAAAACUGGUGUUCACACAAAAACGUGAGCAGUAGUAAUUUACAUAAAAUUCAUUUUGAUUUACAAAGUCUUUUUGCACUUAUGAUUGUCCCGUUAAAAGCAAAACACAGAAAAAAACAUUAAGUAUACAAAAGAGGGAAUUUAAAUAUAAAUAAGACAAUAUAUGGCUUCAAAUGACAAAAGUUGUCGAGUCCUUUAACAGCAUCUGGAACAAGAUAUCAUGAGGGUAAUUAAAAGGCACACUGGCGACACACACACACACACACACACACACACUUUGGUUUUGUGGUAUAACGUUACAGUAAUAUUGAGUAAAAAUACAUCCAUACAUCCAAAAACGCACUCAAAUGUAAAAAA